GUCUGCUAUGGCCGCUGCCGCGGCGAGCGCUCGGGACACGGAGCGGCGCUUGGGAAUGCAGCAGCACGGGCCGCGCGAUCUGGCGCCUCCACCGGGAAUCGUGGCGUCCGGGGACUGGGGGGCCCGCUGGGGUCUGGACACGGCGCUGGCGGGGUCGCCGCGGGGCCCCGAGGUGGUCAUGGCCCCGGGAAGCACUCCCGGCGGCAAGCGCGUCGCCGAGCAGCGCAUCCGGAGGCCCAUGAACGCCUUCAUGGUUUGGGCCAAGGGCGAGCGCAAGCGACUCGCCGACGAAAACCCGGACCUGCAUAACGCCGACCUGAGCAAGAUGCUCGGGAAGAAGUGGCGCUCGCUGACCCUCCAGGAGCGUCGGCCAUUCGUCGAGGAAGCCGAGCGACUCCGGCUGCAGCACAUGCAGGACUACCCCAACUACAAGUACCGACCCAGGCGGCGGAAACACGCCAAGCGGGGCUCGCGGCGGGGCAGCCCGUCCCAACCGGGCAGCCCCGAGGACGGAGGCCUCCAGACACCUCCAGACUCGAGUCCCGCACGCGGCAUCAGCCCGGACUGCAGCAGCCGACUGACGGGCUCCGGCCCUGACCCCACGGGCUUCGACCCGUCCCCCAUUCCCCCGACACCGGAGCUUUCACCGAUGGAACCGGAAGACUGCUGCGGUGGCGGUGGCGGUGGCGGCGGUCUGGACGACUCGGGGAGUCACCUGUCCCAGUUGAUGUGCAAGUUCAACGACAAGUCACUGUUCCUGAAGAACGUCCGGCCGCCGUACCGCUCCCACACGCAACGGGGGGCGCACACGGGGAUGCCCCAGCUACCGCCUCCCCACCUGGGGCCCUUCGGCUACCAGAGGAAUCAGGGACCUCCGCCCGCGUACUACCAGGCCGGCUGCCUGUACGGCGCGGCAUCUCCCUACGCCCCCGUUCAGCAGGAGCAGGACUCGUACUACGGAGGUGCCGAGCCCAUGUUCGCGCCGCCGCCCCAGGACGCGUUCAUCGACCACAGCGAACUCGCGCAGUUCCUGGACGCGGCCACGGCGGCGUCCCCCGGUGGUUACGCGAUGUCCGACCACGUCACCUACGAGUCGCUCGGUCCCGACCCGUGCGGUGCCGAGUACGUGACGCAGACGCCGUACGGUGUGUACGCUCCCCAGGGCUCCGACCUGGAGCCCGGUGGUGGACCCGCGGCCGGCAUCAUCGCCGCCCUCGCAGAGACGCGGCACAUCAUGUCCUGAGGACAGCCCCCGACCCUUCCUUGUCCUCACGUCCACCUCCACUCUCUACACCACAGCUUUCCAAAGGUGCUCUCCGACUCCCGCUCGACUCCGAGCGGAGUUGGAGACUUGUACAGAAAAGUAAGAUAACUGCGAAAAAAAAUAAUAAUACAUAUGACAAAAAAAAAAGCUACAAAGAGCGAACUCUAUCUCAGCGUGUGUUCGGCGGCCCAACGACGUCGAAGGCUCGACGACCAAGUCCUGUGGUUACGGAUGGCCGGCCGACAAAACCGACGGGAUCCGUUGGCCGCGGACAACUUACAGCGCGGCGGCGUGUGCGGUGUCUGUGCGUGCCGGUGUGUGUGUGUGUAUGCCGUGCGACCAGGCACGCGUGGCGGAUCUGCGUCGCUGCUUCUCUCUGCACCGACCGGCACCGCAGCGCGACCAUCGACCACCACCCACCCUCGCGAUGAAGUUCGACUGCUGUGAUCGGCUACUCGUUGUGCGUUUUCGAACCACCGCGUGGACCUCUGGGGUUUUUAGAGAGUCUUUUUUUUUUUUU